AUGCGCCACGUGUCCGCCUUCGUUAAAGUCAAGGACACGAUACUUCUCACACUCACCACUCGCCUCUGCGGUGCGCCCAUGCUACGAGCCAAGAGUCUGCAGGUGGCGGGGGCGACGGCGUGGGUGGGGGGCGUGGCACUGGUGGCGCUGUUUCCCCUGGCGUGGCCCGUGGGGCUGCUGCUCGACUGCCUCGUCUCCCGCUCCUCCCUCUCCGCUGCUGGCGAUGACGGGCCCGUGUGCCGCUUGGCGCCCGACCCUCUGCAGGAGGAGGAGGAGGAGGAGAGGGAGCAGCAGGCGGGCGAGGGUGAUUCGUGCAAGCCGUUUGCUGCUCGUGCGGGCAAAGGGGGCAGCGAGGAGGAGUGGGGGGGUAACGAGGAAUGGGGCGGCGGGAAGGAAUGGAAAACGAGAGAGGCGGAAAGGGAGGUGGGAGGGGGAGGGUGGGAGGAGGAAGAGAGAGAUGGUGGCGGUGACAAGGAGGCGCACAGGCGAGGGGUGAAGGGAUACGGAUCGGAGGGGCAGGAAGGGGAGGGCGAAGUAGCUUUGUACGGUGGGGCGAGUGGUGGUGGUGGGAGGGAUGGAGCGUGGGAGGAUGGCAAGGGGAGCAGAGGGGCUGCAGCGGUGCAGAUGGCGGUGCUGCCGUCGUCCUCUCAUGCUGCCAUGCAGCCUCCUCCUCCCCUCACUCACGCCCAGGCCACCCACGCUGCCUCUCCCCCUCUCCCAUCCCAUGAUGCUGCCUCUUUCCACCCUCAUUCGGGCCCCAACCCCCUCGCCCCCACGUGCCACGUGCCUCCUGGUGCUGGGUCACCCCAUGCACCGCAGUCGCCCCCAGCGCCCCCGCCGUGGUUCCUGCAGUCGUGGGAGCAUGCGGCCGUGUGGGCUCGCCUUGCCGCCGUGCCUCCCACUCCCGCUGCUGCCCCCACCACCUCACACUCACACCCUGCUGACGCUGCACGUGCGCUUGACCCAUCGGACUUGAGUGUGCGGGCAGGGAGUGAGGGGGAGGCAGCGCACGUUUCAGCAGUCAGAGAUCACCACGCCACCCCUCCUGCUGCCCCUUCCACCGCCCCCCCAGCUGCCGCCCUGCCAGGUGGCGUGCCCCCUCUGCCCCUGUCCUCCUCCACUCCCCUGUGGCGCCACCGCCCCCCCCUUUCUGCUGCUGCUGCCGCCUCCUCCUCUUCCGGGCAACCCAUGCCCCCCACUGACCCAAGCGCAUCAGCUGAUGGCCUCCGCCCCCCUCACUGA